AUGUGCACGUUCAUAAACGAAGACACCAGCGCCUCCAAGUGCGAAUUGUGCGAGAGCGCGCGGCCUGGACUGCCGCGGAAGACGCGGAAGCUGUCGCAGUGGCUCUCCCAGCCAGGGCUCUGGGCUGAUUUAUAUACCCCGAAGACAGUGGACGAGUUGUGUGUGAACAAGAAGAAGGUGCAGGAGAUCUCCGAGUGGCUGGAGAGGAACGCAUCGCCAUCCGCAGGUGUGUUCCAGAAGCGGUUGCUGUUCUUGUGCGGUCCACCUGGAUCGGGCAAAUCCACUGCAGUGAGGUGUGUAGCGCGGAAACUUGGACUACUCGUGAAAGAAUGGGAAGACAACUCGGCUGCUGGCAAGCUGAACUAUGAGCGCAAGCUGCGAGAUGAUUUUUGGACGCCGCAGGUAUCGAGUGUUGACGAUUUUUCAGACUUUAUUCACCGUUCGUCAGCGUACGCAGCUCUUCCAAUUGCUACAUCGAGGCCGACAUCUUCGAUCGGUCGAAAACGUCGACUAUCGAGCAGUCAGCAAAGUCUCGACAGCUCUCAGGCUGCAUCCAGCGGCACCGGUCAGUUGAUUUUGAUUGAGAGCUGGCCGCAGUCGUGGUCGAAAGAUCCGUCACAGUACGAAGAGAAGCUUCAGCGUAUUUAUCAGCAUGUGGUGGACCCGGCUGGUGGAUGCCGCUUUCCUGUCGUGUGCAUCUACAGUGACGUCCGAGGAAGCAAGAUUGACUUGGAUCACUUGAGCCGGAAAUUCUCGCGCGAGGUAAUGCACUCCCCACUCACGACAGUCAUCAAUAUCAACGCGGUUACAUCUGCACAGCUAAAGAAACAUCUCACCCGCGUUGCCGCUCAAGAGAACUGUGCCUCUCAGCCGGCGGAAAUCCAAAAGGUCAUUGACAGUAGCAAUGGUGAUAUGCGGCACGCUCUGAACAUGCUGCAGUUAUUGCAAAAUCCUACUCUGAAGAGACCCAAAGUAAAUCCAAGCAAGAAGGCCAAGAAGAGUGGUGCAUCCUCUGGAUCUUCCGAGUCAAAGUCUUCCGUGUCGACUAACCCCGGCGCUCGUGAUCCUUUUCUUUCGGACUUCCACGUGGUUGGAAAGCUGUUGCACGGCAAAAUGAUGCAAGGCAAGCCUGCUGACGAGAGCGACACGAAGAGUGAUACGAGCGAAGUUGACUAUGACCAGAUAUUUGAUGCGUCAGCAAUGCCUUUGGAUAGAGUCCUUGGGCUUGUUCAUGAGAACAGCAUUGCGUAUUUCUCGCAAGUGGAGGAUCUUUCUGGCGCGCUCGAGUUAAUGAGCUUGUGCGAAGUGAUGGUCGCUGAAUCGUACAACGGCACUAGCGGUUCUGAGGUCUUCAAGCGUUCGAGGGACGUUGCCCAAGCCAUUCUUAUGCGAACUGUUGCGGUCACGAAUGAGAAUCCCGCCCCAAAGGCGUUUCGACCGAUCACGCGGCCACGGACGUACGCUGCAAAGCAACGAAUUGUCUCUCGACGAGAAGAAAUGUUACAGACCACUCGAGGUGGACAUCUAGGGCUUCAAUAUGUGUGCACUGGCGAUGUGUUUGCGUUCGAAGUGGAGCCAUUUUUGACCAUCAUGGACCGGGCGGGUGGGCCAGCAACUCGGCCGAGCGUUGGUGGAAGCACCUAUGCGAUAAAUAAGCUCUCUCUACAGGAAGAGAUCGAUGACGAAAUUGAGGACAGCGAUGGCGAGUGGUGA